AUGUCCUAAAACUAGGAGCAGAAAGUAAAGCCUGAUAAUAUUUAGCGUCAAUUUUAAUAACAAUAGAAAAAAUAAGAUCAUAGUAAAGCAUUGUAAGCUCAGCAAAUAGACAGAAGAAAUCAUUAUCAGACCAGAAUGGCUUUUACUACACAUUAAGUAAGCCAAGAAGAAAUUAAGAUGGGCUUUGGCUUUAAGUUUAGAAGCAAAAAGUUUGUAAAAACCUAUUUGAUGUCAAAAUAAACUUUGGAUAAUAUGAUAUAGAAGAUGAUGGAUAAAAGAGAGAAUUAAACUAGCCAGUAUAAUUAACCUAUUAGCAAUGGCUAUAUCUAAAUGAUAAUAUAGAGAUGA